AGGGAGAGGGAGGAGAGAAGCAGCCGGGCGGCAUCAGAAGGGGGUGAAGGAGGCGAGCACUCGGGGAGGCUGAGGUGGAGAGUCCAUCAGCUGGAGAGAGAAAAGCUGGAGCUGACCUCCAGCCACAACCAGGAGCUGUGCAGGCUGCAGGCAGAGCUGACCCGGCUGAGGUCCUCCGUGGAGCGAGGAGAAGCUCAGCGGGCGGAGCUUCAGUACCAGCUGAGUGUGAGCCAGAGAGAUGCUGACCGAGCCGCCGAGCUCAGCAGGGACAAACACACGCUCACAGAGCGAGCAGCAGAGCUCCAGCAGACAGUUCAGGAUCUGCAGAAAGCUCUGCACAUCACCCGGCAGUCCAGGGAGGAGGACCAGCAUGCUUUGCAGCAGGAGGUCGAGGAGCGCGACAGACUGAUUCAGAGCUUCAGCUCAGAAAACCAACGACUGCACCAACUGCUGCAGGAUCAUGAGGAGGCUCUGGAGGAGUCAGAGAGGAGGAUCGCGGAGGUGCACAAGGAGAGAGAGAAGGAGGCCGAGGUGAACAGGCGACAAGCCAACGAACUGAAAUACCUGACGGAGAGAGAGGAGAGGAGCAGGAGAGAGAAGGAGGUAUCAGACCAGAGGGUGAAAUCUCUGGAGUCGAGCAUCGAGGCAGAGCGAGCAGCUCACCUGGAGUCCAGGUUCAACUCUGAGAUCAUCCAGCUGCGGGUACGGGACCUGGAGGCGGCGCUGGCGGUGGAGCGGUCCGGCCAGCAGGAGGCGCAGUGCAGCCUGGAGCUGCUGAGAGCUCAGUUCAGGGAGGUGGAGAGAGCUUACAGCCUGGAGAGAGAGAGGAGCAGCAGCACUGAGCACGCUCAGGAGCGGUUACAGAAGGAGUACGACCAGUGCAAGUCUGACCUGAGUGUUGCCUUGGAAACGGAGAGGAAGAUCACCUGUGACCUCACACAGAGGCUGGAAGAGGAGAGGAGAAAACACACCAACACACAUGCACUGCUGGAGCAGGCAGCUCAGAGACAGUCUGAGACAGAGGAGGACUUUGUGAACUGUAUGAAACACAUCAGAGAAACUCUCCAGCAGCACAACACCACAGGCACCAGUCCUCCAGCAAAGGAUGAUGGGAGUCAGAGUCCCUCUGCUGAAGUGCUGCAACUGCUGAAGACAACACUCAGCACCUGCCAGCACAGACUGGAAACAGCUGACCACCAGAUCCACGAUCUGCUGUUUGCAUCAGAAAGGCUUCAACAGGAGAACCAGACCCUCCGACAGCUGACCUCGGACCAGAGCAGACAGAUGGAGGAGGGACAGCAGGCGCUGGUCGAACUGGAGGAGGAAGUGACGCGUCUUCGCCAGGAGAGCGCCGAUUGGUCGACGCGCAGCCGAGGUCUGCAGGCCGAGCUGGAGACAGAGAGGGAGGAGAGGGAGAGAGAGAGGGAGAGAGAGGAGGAGAGGGAGGAGGAGAGGAAGAGAGACGAGGAGAGACAGAAGGAGGAGAGGAAGAGAGACGAGGAGAGACAGAAGGAGGAGAGGAUGGCAGACAUCCAGAAGAUAACUGACCUCCACCACAAAGAGUCAAAGGCCCAUCUGUCCUUCCUCUACAGUAUCUACCAGCGCCUGCUGGCCGGCUGCAUCCUCCUCGAUCAGCCCCAGAGCAUCCUGGGAAAUUUCACCUGGCAGGAGCUGUGUGAUGUCAUCAAUGAACAGGUUGACCAGCUGACCUCUGACCUCCGGAAGGCCAACGGCAAGAUCGCCCGUCUGCAGAGUGUGUGUGAGAAGAAGAGUGUGUGUGUUCGCGAGCUGCAGCUCAGUCAGGAGUGUGUGUUGUCUCGUCUGGAGGAGAGCGUGAGGAGGAGGGAGGAGGCGUGGAGCAGCCAGCACACACACACUGUGACGCAGCUGCAGAAUGAGCUGCAGGCGUGCCGCUCUCAGUGCGACUCUCUCCGCGACCGCGCCUCCUCGCUGACCUCUGACCUCUCGCGGCUCCGGGGCCUCCUCUCUCGCAGCCGGGGGGAGGCCGCCUCCUUCCUGCUGGCCUGCGCCCUGCUGGCCGGGGCGCUGAAGCACACCCACCGCCGUCUGCGCACGCUGUCCACGCAGAAGACGCUGCUGUCCAGACGACUGGCAGAGAGGGAGCUGCUGGAGGAGGAGGUGAGGAGGCUGGCCGCAGCUCUGGCAGGUGAGGAAGACGAGGAGGAGGAGGAGGAGGAGAGAGGAGAAAGGAGGAGGAGGGCAGCAGCGAGGCAGCGCUGGAAGAGGAGCGUGUGUGUGGUCUUGGCGGUGAGGAGGUGGUGUGUACUGACCAAACGGACGACUGUGUUGUUUCGGCUGGAGGGGGGGGGCGGAGGGCCGGCUGUCGGUGUCUGUGGAGGGUCGCCUACGGCAACACAGAGGGGUCAAGACGGACGGAGAGCAGAUAAAGACGAUGAUGAUGGCGAUGAAGGUCGUGAAGGUGUGUGUGCUCGCUGGCUUCGCUCUAAACGUCUCUCCUCCACCAUUCUGUCCUCCAUGGCUGACCUGCAGAGGGCGCUAGCACACACUGGCUCCUCCCCUCCAGGCGUGAUGUCAGCGUCUCGUUCUGCUUUGUCCCACCUCCUGGAUCAUAUUCUGGACCAAUCGGAUGCGAAGCGCUGUAGAUUGGAUGAGGACACGCUGAGCGGCCGGCCGAGACUCGGCCCGAGCGGACUGACGCCUCCACAGCCUGACAUGAAGGCCCUGGUGUCCACCCUCCAGCAGCACUUCCUGCUCUUCAGCCAACGGCUGCACUCAGCUGAGGUGGAGAGGCGGAGCCUGAGGCUGGAGGUGGCCAAUCUGAAGAGAGGACUCCGGGAGGAGACCUGCAGGACGGUCCCAGCAGAGCGGUUCCACAGUGUGUGUGUGGAGCUCCGUCAGGCGCUGAGCAGGGAACAGGAAGCUCACACGCUCACCCAGCAACAGACCAACCAGCUGCACACACUGCAGCUGCGAGUCAACACACACACCACCGAGCAGACCAACACACAGCACACACUGAGCCACACCACACAGUCUCUGUCGGACGCUCGGCAGGAGGUGAGUCGGAAGGACCGCUCGCUGAGGAUUCUGGGUAAGCACCUGUCAGGGGUUCAGAAGGAGAGGAAGCAGCUGGAGGAGAGACUGCGGCGAGUCGAGGACGAGCUGAGGGACGCCAACAGACGUAACGAUUGUCUGAUCAGCUACAUGAAGGCUGCAGAGACAAGCUACAAGGAGGUCAGAGAAAGUCUGGUCCAAUCAUGCCACUCUCUGUCAGCUCAGCCCCGCCCCCUGCCGUUACCCAGGGAACACUUGGAGCUGAGUGGAGCAGAGAGCAUCAUGGGAGCUCCUGAGAUGGCAGCAUGCCAGACUCUUUUCUCCACCUUCUCUCAGCUCUAUCAGACCUGCAGCUCCAGGAUUGAUUGGCUGCAGCAGGAAGUCUCCGCCCACCGCAGUCAUGUGGCCGCGCUGCGCAGCGAGCUGCAGGAUGUCUGUCUCCGUGACAACCUGGCCUAUGUCCCUGUGGCUGACUUCCCUGAAACCUUUCCGUUUGCUGAUGUGGAAAUACCUCAACCUGGUCCUUUCUCUGAUUUGUCAAAAGAACCAUCGGCCAGUUUCAGCACCGCCCCCUCCUUGACCAACCCCGCCCCUUUUCAGAUGAAUCCCGCCCCCUCAUCGCCCCUCUCCAAACCCCCCAGAGCCAAGACGAAGGGGAGGAAAGCCGUGAAGAAGAACAGAGGAGGGAGAAGGUAGAGGGACGGACAGGAAGAGAGAAAAAGACUUCCUGUUUCCAUGAACACGGUCCUCCCACAGUCCUGGAAGAUCCUGGAAUAUUAUCUUCCCAGGCAUUGAAAGUCUGGAGAGAAUAUUUGGGAACAUUUCUGAACAUUUUUCAAUAUGUGGAAGAGUUUUAGUUUUGGAACGUCAUGAAAAGUCCUGGAAUGAUUCACACACACACACACACACACACACAGAUGUGAUCUGGUGACAGAUA